GAGUGAGGGUGUGAGGGAGGGAGUGAGGGUGUGAGUGAGUGUGAGGGAAGGACAUGUUGCCUGCUGCUCAGGCUCUCAGGCUGAUCUCAUUACUUCAGGAAGCCAUUGAAGAAUGCACGAAGGAAGAACAGAAAGUGGAAGAAAAGCUGAAAUGUUACCGGCAGCUUUUGAAUCCCUGGAAGCUCAGUGCUCUGGAGAGGCCAGCAGAGGACAAAACCACAACCGACCACACAGGUUCAGACAUUGCUGAGCCUGGCCCAACUGCUGGAGAACUGCAGGAGCUGGAGUUGCUGAACAAAGCCCUGACCAAAGCCCUGAGGAUCAGAAAGGCCCACUGCACAGCAGCCGAGGAACAGCCACUCCGGACGCUUGCCACCCAGGAUAGCCCCGCCCUGACCAAGGACCCGAGUGCCAGCGUCAAGCAGGAGACAUCCCCGCCAUCCAACUCCAAAACAAAGGCUUUAUCCUGUGAUGCACGAGUGGGGGCAGGCAGUGCAGCAACUGGCUCUGCUACUGGUGAACUUCCAGCAUUGGGAUCAAGAGAGAAUCAUCCAGCAAGCGGUAGACCGCCAUUGAAAGCUGGCCAAAUGGCAUCCAGAAAGACCAUGCCUGCCACUGUGAGGGCUCCAUAUAAAACUCAGCCUGACAUCAAGAAGAGCUGGGCAACAGGAGCGUCUGGGCGGUCGGUGAAAGCAAGCUGCAGGAGCACAGCCCCAUCCAGGAGCACAGAGUUCAAAGAGGACUCCGUCUGCGUGGGCAAGUCUGGGGGGCAGCACCGUCCCAGCUCUGGGAAGAGGGCUCCGGGUAGGUCUGUGCCUCUCGGAUGGUCCGGAAUCCGGGCGCCCGCGGAGGAUAAGAUGCUUCACAGCUCAGCGUCCGCCGCCGUUGACCAGCCGCGCAUUGGGCGUGAGGUCACUGCCCACGGGGGCACCUCACUGGGUACCGGCCGGGCGAAGAAGCAGCCGGAGGUGUUCUCAUUGCAGGGAGCUGGGUCAAAGUUAAAGCUUCCCAUGGAGUGGAGAAAGCAGAGGGUGAGAAACACACGCCUGUGGAAGAAAGUAUCGGCCAUUCAGACCGGAGACAGCUCAGAGACAACAUGCUUCAUACAGAGGCUUCAGUCAACGUUCCAAUCCGAGCUUCCCACUGUGAGUCGUGCCGAGAUCAAAGACAGAUUGGAAGACAUCUGUGACGUUGGUGUGAGAGUGGAUGAGUGUGUGCGUGCGGACCUCCUGCUGCUCACCUCAGGUCUAACAACUUGGCAGCAGGAAUAUAAGCAUCUCCAAACCCUGACCAGUUGUCAGGAAACUGUAUCGAGCCUCCUUCACCAGAUUCAGCAGUUGCGGGAUGCUGAGGCAAAAUGGAGAAUGAUGUGGAGCCAUUCGGGGCCCAGGUUAAGGCGCUGCCCACGCAGUAGGACUUCUGAGACACCUCUUCUCAUCUACUCCAGCCUGCAGGAGCUGAAAGAAAUGGAGACUCUCAAGCACCAAGUGAAAACUCUCCAAAGACAGAUCCAGAUCCAAAGGGUUAUGGCUGAGGAAUUGCUUCCAAUCUUGUUCUCUUUGGAGCUGCAGGAAGACACCUCAUCCUUGUAUCUCCUCUAUCGAGCUAUGUAUUGCCAGCUCUGCGAAGGAGGGCAACAAUUCCCUACUCUCGUGGUGGAUAACAUUCCCGAUUGAGUGGCUGGGAAACUAACUGAUUCAGUGGACAGGAAGUAGAAUGAGAUGCGAUUCAAAAAGUUGGACUCCAGGAACAAAAUUUGCAUUUCACUCAAUAGACUGCACAGGAUUCUAGCCUUUCAUAGACUUGUAUAAAGAAUCACUUGUUCUGUGCUGUUUGUACACAGCUCUGCCUCUGUUUUCAUUUGAUAUCAAUUGAGAUUCGAAAAGAAAAUGCAAUUUGUUCCUUUAAAUCUUUGGGUGCCUUAGGACAGCAGAUCCGACAGCCAUCUGGAGAGACUUCAGAGCCACACUGGACCCAGCAAUAUAUCCAGGACCCGUACGACAUGUGCUUAAGGUGACAAGUCAAAUUAACAGCUCUCUCUUGAAGAAUGGUCAGCUCGACUCAGUUUGAAGCACCAUGACGCCCACCUGAACAGGCAGACGGAGCCUCAAUUUAACGUCUCAUGUGAAGCACGGCACCUCCGACCAUGCAAUAAACCCCCAGCACUGCAUUGGAGUGUCAGCUUAGUACGUUAUUAUUUUGGAUUAGACUUUAAACGGAUACUGUCUGCUUGUUACUCGCUGUUAAAUAUUGUGUGCCCAUAAUUAUUGCAUGGUCUCACUGACUCAGUGCCUGCAUUUGCAGUUUGUAGAGUUAGAACUCAAAAUCAAUACACGUGUUGUGAGCAAUGACGCGAUCAACACUCUGGCAUA